AUGUCGGACCAAGGUUCCCCAAACGGCGCGGGUGGCGAUGCGCCUCCUGCAGCAAACCCCAGCAAUGAACAUUUGAACAUCAAGGUCACGGACGGGAACAACGAGGUCUUCUUCAAGAUUAAGCGGAGCACCAAGUUGGAGAAGCUCAUGCGAGCGUUCUGCGAGAGGCAAGGCAAAGACCUCAAGUCGGCCAGGUUUUUGUUCGACGGCCAGAAAGUCCAGACGGGAGACACACCCGAACAGCUUGAAAUGCAGGAUGGUGACUCGAUUGAAGUUCAUCAAGAGCAGGUCGGUGGCUCUGCAUGA